AUAGCACCUGAAAGCAACAGUUUCAGUUUCUGAACCUUCUUAUCAACAGGGAUUUAUAUUUUGAUAUUUUCAGGGGGUAAAAAAGACUUCUUUCUCCUCAGUCAGUUGGUAAUAUGAGAGCAGAUAGGACCCUGUCAGCGGCACCACAGUGUUUACCCAAACACAGAGGACUGUCAGAGGAUCCAGAGGUUCAUGCUGUAGGGUCAUUUUACCUUUAGUGGUCACUAACAAACCUAGCAAGUGUUAUAAUGGGCAUGUACUUCUUAUACGGUUUGCUUUUUGCAUAUGUUGGGCUGCCUGGACUCUUACUCUGUGAUUUAGCUUUCCGAUGCCCAAGCUGCACCGCAGAGGAUAUGAUGGCAUGCACCAAAGUCGAUCCGCUAUGUGCAGAGAUUGUGAGGGAGCCAGGCUGCGGCUGCUGUCCGGUGUGUGCCCGGCAGGUGGGAGAGCUCUGUGGGGUUUAUCUGCCAAGGUGCUCCACCGGUCUGAGGUGCUACCCAAGUAUGGAUGCUGACUUCCCUUUACAGCAGCUCAUUCAGGGUUUGGGACAAUGUGGACAAAGAAUAGAUGUGGAUGUCUGGGAACAUUUGAACCCGUCGGGGUAUGAGGUGCAUGGGACUGAAAAUCCACUCACCGGGAGACCGCCUCUAAACCCAUGGAUUUGGCAGAAGACCGCCCUCGAACAGUACCUUCAGGACCGCAGAACAAGGAUGAAGAUAAAUCAGAGAGUAUCUCAGAGUGCCUGUCAGCAGGAGUUGGACAGGGUCUUAGAGGAGAUUGCUAAAAUGCCUUCAGAGGAUAACAGAGGCCCACUGGAGAACCUGUAUGAGCUCAAGUUUCCAAACUGUGACAAACAUGGACUGUAUAACCUCAAGCAGUGCAACAUGUCCACCCACGGCCAGCGGGGAGAAUGCUGGUGUGUUGACCCCUUAACAGGAGUCCAGAUAUCAGAGACACCUAAAGUCAGAGGGGAUCCCAACUGUAACCAGUUUCAGGAGGUGCACAGAGCAAUGCCCACUGCAGAAGCAUCUCACUAGCGCACCAUCAAAAUGGGGCUGGGUUUUCUUCACAAUUCCAAAUUUAUGAGGAUUAUUCAUCAACAGGUGAUGACUAAGGUCAUACUCGUAUGAUAUAAUACUUUUUUUAGGAAAGUGGCUUCAGUAAAAGAGCAUAAAUGCAGAGUGAACUACAGUAUUUUUGCUGGUAAAUGGACAUUUUUCAGCAGUAUGAUAUGUAUUAUAAUCCACUCAAACUACAGUGCUCAUUCUAGUCAAAAAACAUGCAUAAGCAACAACAGUUCGAGGCAGGGGGACAUAAAUACAUUCUGAUGUGUGUUAGGCUUAGGGUCGUCACCAAGUUAGAUCAUGAUAAGUGUCCAUCUAAUACACACAGACAAAAUCUGGAUUUCCUUUAAUAUUCAUCCUCAGUGUCAUUAUAACUUCUGAAAAUAACAUGCUGAGGUCUUUAAAUGAUAGCUUGUUAUCAGCUCUGUCAGUCCAUCAUUCUGGUGAUUUUCAGCUAAUGUAAAGCUGUCCGAAAGUAAAGCUUUUUAAGGAAUAUAAGGCAAACGCAGAACUUUUAGGGCUAUAAGUAAAGAGGUCAUUCAGAGACAAGAAAAGCAAAAUAACCAUCUAAAAGGGGCUAAAAUGGUUUGCAAUGCUAAGGGGAACUGCAGAGUCAGCUCAUUUUCUGCUUUUUUUUUUCAUUUUAAGAAAGCUCUUUGACAUUACACCUAGUCUGAUGAAAUCAGCAUUAAUCUGUUAAUUAUAUAGACUUUCAGCCUAAACCUACUAAGGAUUUUAUCUGCAUUUAAAUGUCUCAUGUAGGAUCUCAGUAAGUGCAGUUAGUCUUUUUUAAGAGACUAAAUAUUAUAUUGGUUGUGCCUCCAUAUCAGAAGUCUUACACUGCUCAGUGAUCGAAGCCCAAAGCUGGCAAUUUUAGAAAUUGAAGAUGAGAGUCUACCAUUAUAAAUACUGUCUAAGAAUCAACCAAUAGGAAUGGAGCAUUAAAAUUCUAAACUUACCAGCGAUCAAGGAGAAUAAAUGAAAAACUAAACGUGCAAAACAAAAUGUUUGUGCUUCUGAUAGAGCAGAAAAUGCAGCUGAAUUGUGAUAGCAAAAGCUUGUUUGUAUGAUGCUUCUAGUAGCUGUUCCCACAACGGCGUCAUGGUGGACACCCCACAACAGGGAUAUAAACCUCAUUUUAAAUAUCGUGCGACAUACAGCCCACUUUGAUCUUAAGUGUUAAGAAUUGGUGUCUUUGCUGGGCCAUUUCUGGCCCUCAGGCCUUAUCUUGACACCACUGGUCUACAAGCAUCAGACUCGAUGUCCCACUCAAAUUUAUUCCUUCCAUAUCGCACAGUUGUAGCUCGCAAUGAGCAGCAAUGACAUCCUAAUGUGCUGGUGCAUUUAGACUCACAGUGUAGCAUUUUGGAUAACUUUACAUUUAUGUUUAUUAAUCUACACUGCUACUGUUGUAUAAAUCAAUAAAUUAUUAUUAAUUUAUAUAAAUAUAAUAAAUGACACAGAUUAAAUGUUAUUCUAAUGGCAAAAUGGGGACAAACCCCCACUUUUUCUUUAGCUGAGUGGAGAAUCUUUGAAUCGCUGAAGAUGAUGUGUGCACUAUCUAUACUCAUACAUUUUUUAGCAGUAAUACUUGGUUAACACUGUUUUAAUUAAGAUAAUUAAGUUUUUAUUUCAAGUAAUGCUUUCUCUGAUUAUCUUUUGCAAAAUUUCAUGUUGAUGUGCAAAAUGAAAUAAAAUGCUCUGCCCAUGA